CUAGAAAUUCCUGCUCCCAAGCAAGCCCCAUCUCACAAUUCAAACUUCAACGCCCAUUACGCCAUCAUCUUCUUCCCCACUCCCCCACCAAAAAAUACAAUACAAAAGAUGAGAUUGGGAUGAAAGGAUUCCAUCACCCAUUCCACCCACUGAUUCAUUCGUCUUCUCCCUCCUUCACUCAUACAUGGGCUUCUCCUCUCCCUGCACCUUCGUCGUCCUCAUUCUUAUCUGUUUUCCGGCCGCCACGUUUCUGCAAGCAAAGAAAACGUACACCUACACCUUCGAUCAAUCCCAUCCCUUCCAAGAUCUCUCCCUGCAAAAUGCCGACAUCGACCACAACGCCAUCCAGGUCACCCCUGACACCGGCACCCAGGACUUCAAUAACUUCCCCAUCAAGAACAUGUCCGGCAGAGUGUUCAUCGACAAGCCGUUCAAGCUCUGGGAUGGUAAAAGUAAAACGAAUUUCUCCCCGAGGAAUUCGACCGAUUACCAGCAGAGGGAAAUCGCCUCUUUCAACUCCACUUUCCGGAUCAACAUUUACCCGCUAAACGGCUCCGCCGGUGAAGGUCUGGCUUUCUUGGUCGCCUCCUCCAUGGAGCUGCCCGGAAACAGCUCCGGUCAGUUCUUGGGCCUCACGAAUGCGUCCACGGACGGGAACGCCACCAACCGGAUCGUGGCCGUCGAGCUCGACACCAACAAGCAGGACUUCGACCCCGACGGCAACCACGUCGGCAUUGAUGCAAACGGCGUCAGAUCUGUAAAGGUCGAGUCUUUGACGCGUCGGGGCAUGGUCUUGGCCCCGAAUAGCACCGCCGCGAGGUUCUACAACGUCUGGGUGCAGUACGACGGGGCGGCGAAGGUCAUGGAGGUGUUCGUCGGGGAGCAAGAGACGAAGGACGGCGACGACUCGCCGCCGAAGCCGGAGUCCCCUGUUCUGAGGACGGAUCUCGAUCUCAGGGACCACCUGGAUCAAGAAUCCUAUUUCGGGUUCUCCGCCUCGACGGGGAACAAGUACGAGCUGAACUGCGUUCUGAGAUGGACGUUCACGAUCGACUACUUCCCGGAAAAUCAAGAAUCCUGGCGGAAGAAGAUAGUAGCAAUCGGGGUCGGUGCCACGGCGGCAGUCCUGGCGGCGAUCGCGGCGGCGGCGGCGCACAGGAUGCGGAGGGGGAGGAACGCGAGGAGCCAAUCGGCGAUACUGGGAGCGCUGAAGAGCCUGCCGGGGACACCGAGGGAGUUCGAGUUCAAGGAUCUGAAGAAGGCGACGGAGAACUUCGAGGAGAAGAAGAAGCUGGGGAGCGGAGGGUACGGGGUGGUGUAUAAGGGGUGUUUGGCGGUGGAGAAAAUGGAGAUCGCCGUGAAAUUGUUUUCCAGAGAGAACAUAAAGGGAGAAGAUGAUUUCCUAGCUGAGCUCACCAUCAUCAAUCGUCUCCGCCAUAAACAUCUCGUCAAGCUCCUAGGGUGGUGUCACAAGUAUGGGAAGCUACUUCUGGUGUAUGAAUACAUGCCCCAUGGAAGCUUAGACCAACACAUCUUCUCCUCGUCGCCGGAAAAUGACCCGUUGAGCUGGGAACUCCGGUACAAAAUCCUGUGCGGGGUCGCCUCCGCGCUGCACUACCUCCACAACGAGUUCGAACAGCGCGUGGUGCACCGCGACCUCAAGGCCAGCAACAUCAUGCUCGACUCCCACUUCAACGCCCGCCUCGGUGACUUUGGCCUUGCGCGCGCUCUCGACAACGAGAAGACCUCGUAUGCCGAGGCCGAGGGCGUGCUCGGCACCGUGGGGUACGUCGCGCCCGAGUGCUUCCACACUGGUAAGGCCACUCGGGAGUCGGAUGUUUAUGCGUUCGGAGCGGUGAUAUUGGAAGUAUUGUGCGGGCGGAGGCCCGGGGCAAAGAUCGACAGCUUUAACAUUCUCGUCGAUUGGGUUUGGUACUUGCACCGCGACGGGAAAAUUCGAGAGGGAGUGGACCCAAGGUUAAGGGAUGCUUAUGUCGAGGACCAAGCCAAGAGACUUCUAUUGUUGGGAUUGGCUUGCUCGCACCCAACGGCUAGCGAGAGGCCGAGAACGUCUGACGUUCUGCAGAUCAUUCAAGGCUCGAUUCCAGCACCGAAUGUCCCGCCCUUCAAGCCAUCAUUCGUGUGGCCAUCUAUGGUGCCCUUCGACAUGGAUUCACUUGAAGCUGAUUUGGCAUCGACGAUGACGACUUCACAAUUCAACUCGGGGUGGACCCCGCAAUCCGUCAGCGACAAGAGGAACAAUGCUAGCAGCACAUGACACUUGAACUCCUUGGUGUAGUUGCAUUUGUGUCCAUCUAUCUAUCACCAACCAUGAGAACUCUUCUAAUCUGAAAUCAAAAGAUUUCACUCAGCCUUUUCUUUCAUGGUACAUAUUUUUUUCUUUUACUAAUAUAUAUACAGUACCCACAAUAUUCUAUUCUUUUGGGAAUGAAAAAUGGAACACUAGUAGUAAAUAUAUUCUUGAAAUGUGUUGUAAGUUGUAACUCACUUUGCACCUUUGUUUUUUUUGGCAUUUGCCAGCAUCCAAACAUGCCAUUAAGUUAUGUGUAUUUGGAAAGUGGCUACUACAUGUAUACAAAAGAGAAACACAACAAAUUCAUGAGCAUUUG